AUGCUAGUGUGUCUACUGCUCGUAGUUUUCGCCAAUAGUUGUAGUCCGAAACGAGUGGUUUGGACCGGUGAUCAUGAGCGUAAAUUGUACGCGAAACUCGCCGAAAACUACAACAAAUUGGCGAGACCCGUUCGAAACGAGAGCGAGUCGGUCUUGGUGCAUCUCGGAAUGGAUUAUCAGCAGCUGCUCGACAUUGAUGAGAAACACCAAAUAAUGAAUUCGAAUGUUUGGCUGAGAAUGUCUUGGAUUGAUCAUUACCUGACUUGGGAUCCAUCGGAAUAUGGAAAUAUUCGAGAAGUCCGACUACCAAUCAAUAACAUCUGGAAACCUGAUGUUCUAUUGUAUAAUAGUGUAGAUCAACAGUUUGACAGUACGUGGCCGGUGAAUGCAGUAGUUCUUUAUAACGGAAAUGUGACGUGGAUUCCGCCGGCCAUUAUUCGCUCAAGCUGCUCGAUCGACAUCGCCUUCUUCCCAUUCGACACCCAACACUGCACAAUGAAAUUCGGCUCGUGGACGUACUCGGGCUAUUUCACCGAUCUCGUCAACACGACGAUCUCGCCAGCGACGUACAAACCGAAUGGCGAAUGGGAGUUGCUCGAUAUGGAAUCGAAACGCUCGAUAUUCUUCUAUGAAUGCUGCCCGGAGCCCUAUUAUGACGUCACUUUCACAAUUGUGAUUCGUCGCAGGACCCUUUACUACGGUUUCAAUCUUCUUCUUCCCUGUAUGCUCAUUUCGUGGCUCGCGUUGCUCAGCUUCACACUUCCAGCGAAUUGCGGCGAAAAGCUCAAUCUAGGUGUCACGAUCUUCAUGUCGCUUUGCGUCUUCAUGAUAAUGGUCGCCGAAGCGAUGCCGCAAACAAGCGACGCUCUCCCAUUAAUCCAGAUCUAUUUUUCGUGCAUCAUGUUCCAAGUGGGAGCCUCGGUCGUCGCCACAGUAAUCGCGUUGAAUUUCCACAAUCGAUCGCCCGAUCAGUAUAAGCCGAUGAAUGAUACGAUGAAGCGAAUUCUGCUCGAUUGGCUUCCGACGCUUCUCGGAAUGGAUCGACCCGACGUGCUGGAAAUGUCGCUUCAACACUCGAUAUUGGGAAGUGACGCGAAAAAAUCGAAACAAUAUCUGAUCGACGUCGAACGACAUCUUCUGGCGAGACACCACUCGCACGACAAAUCGGUUCAUUUGGAUUUGACGAGCAACUCGAAGAAGUCGCCGUCGCCGAAAAAGGCGUCAACUCAAAUCAUCGGAAUGCCCAAUGGUGGCUCAUCGAUCAAUAAAUACACUUGUACAAAGAUUACGAGACCCAUCGAGAAUGGCUACACCAAUAACACUUCGCCAAAAUUGGUGUCGAAUCAUCAAUUUCACCAUAUUCUCAAUGAAUUACGGGUUAUUUCGGCUCGAGUUCGAAAAGAGGAAGUGAUGCAUGCUCUCCAAUCGGAUUGGAUGUUCGCGAGUCGGGUCGUCGAUCGAGUGUGCUUCAUCACCUUCUCAUGCUUCCUGUGCGCGUGUACCGCGAUCAUCGCCUACAAUGCUCCGCAUCUCUUCGUCUAG